AUCGGUUAGUCAUUUAUCAACAUGUUUGAAAAUAUCCGUAAAAAAACGGACAUACAUACGUCAAUAUUUAUCAUGUCAACACCACGUGCAUAUCACAGGCAUACGUUUGCGCGUAUUCAGAGCCAAAAUUUGUUAUGCAGCGCAUCUCGACACGAAAUGCGCUCCGAAUCCGUUACUGCGUGCAAUAAUUAAAACUCGAAAAGCCGUUUCGUUAAUUUCCCUCUCCUCGAUCUUUUCAUCACUAAUACCGGGUCUCAUCCAUGCAUCACAAGAUUUGUACGUGCAACAACAUAUCUGAAUUAUCAUCAUCCGUUACCGCAUGUACCGAGCCCGAACCCACUCUUCGCCUGGAGCUGCAAAGGAUCAUCGAGACGCUCACCGCGCCUGGGAAGGGAUUGUUGGCGUGCGAUGAAUCUCCGACCGGGCUGGAGCACAGAUUCUGCGACAUCGAUGUAGAGAACAGCGAAUCCGCGAGGCGCGAUUAUCGGGAGAUGCUGCUGUCCACAGACAAGCUGUCGCGAUACAUCAGCGGUGUGAUCCUACAUGACGAAACGAUUCGUCAGAGAACGUCGCGAAACGUGGAAUUCGUCGAAUUCCUGCGCAGAAGGAACAUUGUGGCCGGCGUGAAGGUCGACCUGGGUCUGGUGCCGCUGUUCGGCACCGAGGACGAGAAAACCACGCAGGGACUGGACGAGUUGCGGGAGAAGUGUGCUCGAUACAAACAGGCCGGCUGCCACUUCACCAAGUGGAGAUGCGUCUUCUCGAUCUCUGAGAAAUGCCCCAGUCACCUGGCGAUGAUCACUAACGCGAACGUCCUGGCGAGGUACGCCAGCAUCUGCCAGGGCGCGCGAAUGGUUCCCAUAGUUGAGCCAGACAUAUUGACGACCGGAGAUUACGACAUAAAUCGAGCUCUGCGAGCUCACCAACAAGUACUGUCAAUUCUGUUUCGCGUUCUCAACGAGCACCACGUGUACCUCGAGGGAAUGCUCUUGAAGCCGGCGAUGGUGUUGCCGGGGAUUACAGGCACGAAGAAAUACACGCCGCAGGUCGUCGCUAGGUACACGCUAAGUGUCUUACGAAGAACAGUACCCGUGGCGAUCCCGGCGAUAUUUUUCUUAAGCGGUGGUCAGACCGACGAGGAAUCAGCGACAAAUCUGAACGCCAUCAACACGCACGACGUCGAUAAGAAACCGUGGAGAUUGAGUUUCUGCUACGGGCGCGCUCUGCAGAACACGGCAAUGCAAAUAUGGCACGGUGAUCCAGAGAACGUGGAGCAAGCUCAGGCAAAACUUCUCGAAAGAGCCAGAUUAUGCUCCGAGGCGUCUUUAGGAGUUUUGCAACUUGAACGAAGCAAUAUGUACGCUCGCAACACCGACACAAUCGACAUUGUUUAACGACAAGAAUAGCACAAAUACAAAUAAAGAUU